AGUUUUUUUCUUCUUCUUCUGGUUAUUUCAUAAGAAAUAAUAUUUUUCAUCAUCAUCAUCACUAAUCUCAUCUUCAUCAUCAUCAUCAAUAUUUGAUUUUUGUGCUAGUGAACAUAAUGUUGGCCUCGAAUUUUUUACGUUCAAAUAGCCAUCAAUGUUUAAUCAUUGUAUUAUUAUUAUUAUUAUUAAUAUCAAUUCUAAAUAUUCCUCAACAUCAAAUUGAAUGUUCUGUAUUUAAAUUAGUGCGGAAAAAGAAAUUUCUUGAAGGUUUUCUUGUCGGUUUUCUUAUCGGUAGUGAAUAUGGUAAUCAAAAAGCUGGUUCAAGACCACCACCACCACCUCCACCGCCACCUCAACCACAUCCUUUACCAUCAUUAGGUUCAUCAUCAAUUUAUGGUGGAUAUGGUUCAUCACCGGAUUUUGGUCAUUCAGGUCUUGAAUAUCGUUCAUUAAUCGAAUCGAAAAAAUAUGAUCGUAAUAAUUGGCAACGAAUGCGUGGUAGACAACCACGUCGUCAUCGACAACAACAACAACAACGACGUUUACGAAAAACAAAACGAAUAAAGAAAAAAAUAUCAAAAUUACCAUUUUAUAUGAAAUGGUUAACGACGGCAAUGACAACAGCGCAACAACAACAACAACAAGAAAAACAACAAGAACAACAAUCAAACAACAAAUGAUAAUUUUAUUAUUAUUAUUAUUAUUAUAUUCAGAAGAAAAAA